AACGUCACGUGUCGCUUUACGGCAGCUGAGAGCAGAACCGGAAGUUUUGCAGCAGCUACCGGGAGAGAAAUAAACAGAGACCAAAACAGCAAGGGCUGAGACACAGGAGUUCCACGUACACCCUGGCGAUAUCUUUAUUAUAGCAACCAAGAGAGGGGGUUCCAGACAAGUGACAUUCUGGACCACAGCUGCACUCCUGGAGCCUUCCUGUCACGAGCCAAUGCUUGAUCUGGAGGUCGUACCAGAGAGAUCCCUUGGCAAUCAGCAAUGGGAAUUCACCUUAGGUAUGCCUCUGGCUCAGGCCGUAGCUAUCCUUCAAAAGCAUUGCCGGAUGAUUCGAAACGUGCAGAUUCUCUAUAGUGAACAGUGUCCUCUCAGCCAUGACCUCAUUCUCAACCUGACUCAGGAUGGAAUCAAACUGCUAUUUGAUGCCUAUAACCAGAGACUGAAGGUGAUAGAAGUCUACGAUUUAACAAAAGUGAAGUUAAAAUACUGUGGUGUUCAUUUCAACUCCCAGGCCAUUGCACCAACCAUAGAGCAGAUUGAUCAGUCAUUUGGGGCAACACAUCCAGGAGUUUACAACUCUGCAGAACAGCUAUUCCACCUCAAUUUCCGUGGUCUGUCUUUCUCUUUCCAACUGGACUCUUGGACAGAAGCCCCAAAAUUUGAGCCCAAUUUUGCACAUGGUCUGGCUUCCCUUCAAAUCCCCCAUGGAGCCAUGGUGAAACGCAUGUAUAUCUACAGUGGUAACAGCCUCCUGGACACCAAGGCUCCCAGCAUGCCCUUGGGCUGCUAUCAGGGUAAUGUUUACGCAGAGAGUGUUGAUGUUCUGCAUGACGGUUCAGCACCUUCAGGACUUCGACUUCGGCUACUCAGCACAGGCUGUGGCCUUGGUGUUAUGGCAGACACUAAGAUGAGAGUAUCUGACAGAUCUGUGCAUUUUGGAGACUCCUGUCAAGAUGUGCUGAGCACACUAGGGUCUCCUCACAAAGUCUUUUACAAGUCUGAGGAUAAGAUGAAAAUCCAUUCUCCGUCCCCUCACAAGCAAGUUCCUGCCAAGUGCAAUGAUUAUUACUACAACUACUUCACCCUAGGACUGGAUAUCCUCUUUGAUGCAAAUACACACAAGGCCAAGAAGUUUGUUUUGCACACAAAUUAUCCCGGACAUUACAACUUCAAUAUUUACCAUCGUUGUGAAUUCCGGAUUCCCAUAACAGUAAAGCGAGAUAAAGCAGAUACACACACAGAAAUUUGCACAACGUACAGUAAGUGGGACAGUAUUCAGGAGCUACUGGGACAUCCCAUGGAGAAGCCAGUUGUGCUUCACAGGUCAUCGUCACCAAACAACACAAACCCUUUUGGAUCAACCUUUUGCUUUGGCCUUCAAAGGAUGAUCUUUGAGGUAAUGCAGAAUAACCACAUAGCAUCUGUUACACUCUAUGGAGCACCCAGACCCAACGGGCAGCAGAAACCUUCAGAACUGAGCCAAUAAACUCAAAAGGAGCUAGUGGGGUAGCUUAGCCCUGCGUGCCUUGACUUGCAGCCAGAUACCCACACAAAGCAAAGCUGAUGUUGUCGUGCAGUGUGUGGUGCUGGCAGAACAGAGGGAGCUGUAUGGAUUGUGGGUGUCUUCAGCUGCCUUCUCUCAUUAAGUCCAGGCUGGUGCCCCCCUUGCAGUCAGUGUGUUCUCCACAUUCAUGUGACCUUCUGAUAACAGUCCAGGACCAGCAGAGCACUCUGCUGCAUCAAAAAGCACAAACAUGAGAGAGCCGUAUCCAGGAGCAGAAAAUGAGGAGUCUGCGUGUUAGUGUUACUGACUUCAUGUGAUAGUCACAUUUGUAUAUAUUAAUAUACAUGUCUAUGUAAAACAUUAAUAGUUAUGUGACUAAUAGAAAUGUAACAUUUGACUGGUGAGUAUAAAUAUAUUUGUGUGUGUGUAUAUGAAUAUAUAUAUGUGUGUGUGUGUGUGUGUGUAUAUAUAUAUAUAUA